CCAUGGCUGAAGAGGCCUAACGACCAUCUGAAUGCAAUCUUUUCCAGUCGAUCUCACCUCAGUGCUCCGGUUGGCCUUGUGAAAAGAGGUUGUAGUUACUGACUAGCGUAACUUUGGCCACUGAAUUUUUGCUUGCUGAGGAUGGCUUCUAUUUUGGUUCUGGGAGGUGGUGGCAGAGAGCACGCUAUUGUGCACGCUCUUACAAAGUGUCGUGAAUCAAGAAGUGAUGAUAAAGAACCUGAGAGUAUCAGUGAUAUUUGCCGAAAAACUGGUGAAACGGAAGAUGAGGUCGUAGACAAGAUAUACGUCACGCCUGGAAAUCCCGGCAUUGCGAAGGAAAAGGGCGUGGAAUGUUUGAACCUUGACGUGAAGCAACACCAGAGUGUGGUGGAGUUCUGCCGGGACCGGUCAGUGGAUCUCGUCGUGGUUGGUCCCGAGGCUCCUCUUGCAGAUGGUAUCACCGAUACCCUGACGCAUGCAGGCAUUCUAGUGUUCGGUCCAUCAAAAGCUGCUGCGAUGCUCGAGGCAGAUAAGGCGUUUUCAAAAGCCUUCAUGCUGCGUCACGGAAUACCCACUGCUGAAUCAGCCGUAUUCACUGACCCAGACUCCGCCAAGAGUUUCAUUCAACAGAGCACGUGGAAGGGCUGGGUGAUAAAGGCGUGUGGACUGGCGGCUGGCAAGGGCGUGAUCGUGACCAGCGACAAGGUGGAGGCCGUCGCCGCCGUGGACGAACUGCGCAGUGUCCACGGAAAGGCCGCCAGCUCUCUUCUGGUAGAGCAGCGGCUGUACGGUUCAGAGAUAUCCGCACUCUGUUUCACGGACGGGCGGUCUAUCGCAAUGAUGCCACCUUCCCAGGACCACAAGACCCGCUACUCCGGCAACACGGGCCCCAACACGGGGGGCAUGGGGGCCGUGUGCCCGUACCCUGUGGACGCCGCCACCUCCGCCCUCUGUAAGGAUAUUCUGCAAGCUGCCGUGGACGGCAUGGCACUCGACGGAGUUCCUUUCAAAGGAGUGCUGUACGCGGGCCUCAUGCUGUGUGUGGACAAGCUCGCCGUACUGGAGUUCAACUGCAGGUUCGGCGACCCUGAGACCGAAGCCAUCUUGCCUCUGUUGGAUACGAACAUCUACCUCACUAUGAAGGCAUGCGCCAGAGGCCGGCUCUGUGAAGCGCCUCUAGUACGCUUCCUGCAGGACCAAGUCUCGUGCGCCGUGGUGGUCGUCACGCAGGACUAUCCUGCCUCCGCCACUAAAGGACUCCUUAUCUCAGGAUUGGAGGCGGCAAGUGAAAACCACAACUCCGAACUGCGAGUCAAAGUCUACCACAAUUCGACGGCGAUAUCGCCAGUGGCUGGCAGUGACAGUAACUGCUUGGUGACGGCGGGUGGAAGGGUGGUGACUGUGGUGGUGACGGCUUCUUCCACUUCAGUGGCUCGACAGGAGGCCUGUCGGCGAGCUGCCUUGGUCAAAUUUGAGGGAGCUGAGUGGCGGGACGAUAUUGGUUGCAUGGCUGAGGAGCAACUCAGCUUGCGAAAAAGUUCGCAAUGUGUUAAAACAUCAGGGUCUCCUUCAUCAGGCAUGACCUACAGCAGUUCUGGGGUCGACGUCGCUGCCGGCGACGCUUUCGUCGCCGCCAUCAAAGAAAGCGUGGCAGCGACUCAAGGGCCUGCGGUGCUUGGAGGUCUUGGAGACUUCGGUGGCUUCUAUGAUCUCAGUGUUGAAGAUUUCAAAAGACCGGUCCUGGUGACCGGGACUGAUGGUGUCGGGACUAAACUCAUGAUAGCGAACGCAAUGGACGUGCAUACAACCAUAGGCCAAGACCUGGUGGCAAUGUGUGUCAACGACAUCCAGUGUCACGGCGCCGCGCCGCUCGUCUUCCUCGACUACCUUGCGACGGGCAAGCUGCAGCCUCGCGUCCUGCAGGAGGUUGUCCACGGCAUUGCUGGGGCUUGUAAAGACGUUGGUGCUGCUCUUGUUGGCGGCGAGACGGCAGAAAUGCCGGGCAUGUACCGGUCAGGUGAAUACGACGUGGCAGGGUUCGCUGUGGGUGUCGUCGAGAAGGAGGAACUGUUACCCAAGCGACUACUGAUGGCCGAAAACGACUGCCUCAUUGCCGUGAAGUCGUCCGGGUUCCACUCUAACGGCUUCAGCCUCGUCAGGAAAAUAGUGGAAAGCUUGGGAUUGAAGUAUACCGAUCCUUGCCCGUUCCAAAGCCAAGCGUCUACUUUGGGACAAGCGCUACUUGAACCCACGCGUCUCUACUCAAAGGUCUUCAGCAAGGUGCGGGGCCAGAUCCUGGGAGCUGCUCACAUCACAGGCGGUGGAAUCUUGGGCAACGCGGGGCGGAUGUUGCCACCACAUCUCGCUGCAAAACUCGACCUCGCUAAGUGUACCAUCCCGCCACAUUUUCUCUGGAUCGCCAGCCAAGGGGUGUCAGCCGAAGAGAUGGCCGCUACCUUUAAUUUAGGCAUAGGUCUGCUGCUGACGGUGAAAAAGGAGCUGAAGGAGAAGGUCCUGAAAGCCCUAAGUGACGAAGGCGCUGCAGAAGUCGGACGCCUUUUUGUUAGGCCUCCAGGCGGCCCUAGUGUGGUGAUAGACAACCUGACAGAGCAUCUCUCUGCCUCCCUGUCGUCGUUUGUGAGCCAAAAUCCUACCGUGAUUCCACCCAGAAGAAUAAGAACAGCUAUCCUGAUAUCUGGCAGAGGAUCUAACAUGAUGGCCAUAGCCUCAGCUUGCUCAGCACGCGGCAGUCCGGCUGAGGUGUGCCUGGUGGUGAGCAACCGCCCUGCUGCAGCCGGUCUCGUGUGGGCGGAGCAACAACAAAUUCCGACUCUGGUAAUUGACCACACCCACCACUCGACCCGAGAAAGCUUCGAGGAAGCUUUGCACUCCGAGCUCAUGAAGCACCGUAUCGAGUUCGUGUGUCUGGCAGGCUUCAUGCGCAUACUAACGGAGGGCUUCGUGAAGCUCUGGCGAGGGCGCCUCAUAAAUAUCCAUCCUUCUCUUCUUCCUGCCUUCAAGGGCAAGGACGCGCAGAAGCAGGCGCUGCACGCGGGUGUGAAACUCACAGGCUGCACCGUACAUUACGUGGAAGCGGAGGUAGACAGCGGAGCCAUAAUUGCGCAGGCGAGCGUGCCUGUACUGGAAGGUGACACCGAGCAGACGCUCAGUGACCGCAUCGUUCUCGCUGAACACGAGAUCUUCCCAAGAUCUGUGCUGGAAGUGGCGGCCAGGCUGCAGCAACAACAACAAGUAGUUUAAAAAUUUGUUCACUUAUGAACUACUUUAAAAUAGCUAUUUUCCGAAAUGAUCACAAAUUGUACGGCGAUCAUAAAUGAUUUUGUAAUUAAAAUAGCAGUCUAGCUGUAACCCCAA